AUGGGCUCCACAGGGUUCGGGCCCCGCGCCGCGCCCUCGUCCCCCGCCCCCGCCCCGCGCGCCCCCGCCGCCGUUUGCCGCGCGCCCCCUGGCGGCGCUGCUCGCCAUCGCAGCCUGCGACCCCGGACGGCGCCUGGUCCCCGCGGGCCGGGCCGCAGCGGCGGGAUGGGUCUGAGCCCGGCCGCCCUCCGGGACAGCGAGCCCUGCGGCUCGGCGCUCCCACAGCCCCGGCCCGAGCGCGCCCCCAGAAGCUGCCGUACCUGGCCGAGGGAGGGGCCAGCUGCGCCCGGACGCUGGGCCGGGUCCCACUCAGUUGAAUCAGAUGAAUCCGUGGGAUUUAAAGCGUUGUUGGUCCAGCUCCUGCCUAAACAAUCCCAGCACUGCGUGAUAGACCAGGGACGAGGCCUUCAGCAGGGAGAGAAGCCAGUAACCAACUUGGAGAUUAUACCCAGCAAGAAGAGGGCAGAGCUGAUUUCAAUACCUAAGCAGGAGAGUGGAGGCAAACUGAGAAAGCAAGCAGCUGAGGGCAAACCAAGACCCAGACCUGGAGACCUGAUUGAGAUUUUUCGAAUCGGCUAUGAACACUGGGCCAUCUAUGUGGAAGAUGAUUGCGUGGUCCAUCUGGCUCCCCCGAGUGAGGACUUUGAAGUCGGCAGCAUCACUUCCAUCUUCAGCAACCGAGCAGUUGUCAAGUACAGUCGCCUGGAGGAUGUGCUGCAUGGCUGCUCGUGGAAGAUCAACAACAAGCUGGACGGGACGUACCUGCCCCUGCCUGUGGACAAGAUCAUGCAGCGGACCAAGGAGAUGGUCAACAAGAUCGUGCAGUACAGCCUGAUCGAGGGCAACUGUGAGCACUUUGUCAAUGACCUCAGAUACGGCGUGCCCAGGAGCCAGCAGGUAGAGCACGCUCUGAGGGAGGGAGCCAAGGCUGCAGGCGUCCUUAUUUCUGCGGUAGUGGAUAGCAUGAAACCCAAACCUGUAACUGCUUGAAGGUGCUGAAAUUCCAAGUAGAGGAAGAGCUGCGGACAGAGAAGAUGCCUCCCUUCUUUCUCUUUGCCGUUCCCUCCCAAUGGCCCUGUUUCAGAAAAUUGUGUUUCUGAAGAUCUGAAAUGUAUCUAAUUACCCUUCCAGAAAUACAUCUGAUCUAUGUGAUCACCGACCUGCAGACUCAGGAUGGGAAGAUUA